AUGCUACAAAUUUUGUAAUGUAUAUCUUUCUUAUCACCUAUACCCUCGUCUCUUCACUUAACUAGCUUGGACGGUUAUUAUUACAUUACAUAUACAUAAUAGAUAAUACCAACUUCAUUCCCUAGUAAUUACUUUAUCCUAUGAUCAUGGGUGACUCCUCCUCCUCCUCCUCUUCUUCUCCUGCUUCAUACAUUCACAUGGUGCAGCACCUGAUCGAGAAGUGCUUGAUCUUUGACAUGACAAAGGAAGAAUGCAUGGAAGCUCUCUCUAAACAUGCUAACAUAAAUCCAGUUAUAACAUCCACUGUGUGGAAUGAGCUAGAGAAGGAAAACAAGGAAUUCUUUGAGGGAUAUUUGAAGUUGAAGAGUAAUAAAGAGGAGAAGAUCAUGUCGCAAGAAGAGACAACAAGGAUCAUACAGAACAUGAUAUCAGACUCUUCUCAUGAUUCACUUAAUAAUAAUAAUAAUGAAGAAGAUCAACAAUGAACAAAUAAUGUAACAUACCCAUCGAAAACGAUCUCACCUAUUUUCAGUACUAAUUCGCUUUCUCGCAUCUAUGUAUGUUUGUUCCAUAAUGAUGCAACCACAUCAAAAACUAUUUAGUUUGUACAUUUUAAUUUAGGGUGAACUUUAAUUUAUAGUAUUAAUUGUUGUGUGGUU